GUUGUUUGGAAUUUGGAUCUAUAGGCGGCGGCGGCGGCGGCGGCGGUGUUGGUGGUGGUGCGCCGUUUAUGAUGAAGAGAUCAGUGUCGUUCUCAGGUGUGGACAAGUUGGAGGAAGUGCAUGGAGACGAUGAAUUGUCUGAUGAUGGAUCACAUCUAGGGGAGAAGAAGAAGAGACUGAAUUUGGAACAAGUGAAAGCACUGGAGAAGAAUUUCGAGCUAGGCAACAAGCUCGAACCCGAGAGAAAAGUUCAUCUGGCUAAGGCCUUGGGGCUGCAACCGAGGCAGAUUGCCAUUUGGUUCCAAAACAGGAGGGCUAGGUGGAAAACCAAGCAAUUGGAGAAAGAUUAUGAUGCCUUGAAGAAAGAGUUUGAUGCUCUCAAGGCUGAUAACGACGCCCUUCAAGCUCAAAACAACAAACUUAAUGCUGAGUUGUUGGCUUUGAAAACCAGAGAUUCCAAUGAAAUCAUCAGCAUCAAGAAAGAAAACGAGGGUUCAUGGAGCCAAAACGGAAGCGAUAACAGUUAUGACAUCAACUUAGAUAUCUGCAGAACUGCAACAACGCCAUUGAUGAGCAGUAAACAGCUUUUCACAAGGCCGACAAGCAUGACUCAGCUUCUCCAAGGCUCAUCAAGACCAGACCUCCAAUGCCUAAAACUCGACCAAGUGGUUCAAGAAGAGAGCUUGUGCAACAUGUUCAAUGGAGUCGAUGAACAGCAAGGGUUUUGGCCAUGGUCCGAGCAGCAAAAUUUCCAUUGAAAAACACCGAAUUCCCCCCCGACAGUUGAUUAAUCAUCCAUUUUCACCAGCUUCUGCUUAACAAGUUGAUUAAAAGGAAGAAGAAAAGCUAGGAAUUCAUUUUUUACAUGCCAACUUCAAACUCUUGUUUUGGCUGUAGAUUUGGUGUAUAGAAUUGGACAUAUUUGCUUCCACAUAUCAGAAAAAUCAAUAUGGAGAGUUGGUUGGCUCUGAAUAAUACAUUUUCUUUUCUUGCUUC